AUCUUUCUCGUGGUUGGAAUGCGGAAAUAACAUUACAUGGGCAUUUGCUGCAGAUUGCCUGUAUUGUUUCCACCUUUUUGUAUUGUUCUCAUUGGCCGAUACGUGUGCGCUUCGAGUUUCUUCCUUGGUUUCUUCCCAUAAUAUCAUGCGAACGUAUAGCUGCUGAGUCUGAGCUGACAUAGUAUUCCAGUCAUUGGCUUUCCACAGUGCAGAUACUGACUGAGUAACUAAAAUUAGAGUCAAUACCAAAGAGCCCCAAGCUGUUGCGUGUUGCCUGUUGGUGAGAGUCUCUUCUUAGCAAACUUGGCUUACUGCAGAAUACGGCCGCAGGUCUUGGACUUGGAUUUUUUUGGAGUUUCUUUAAUCGGAGUAAAUUGAACUAAUUUGAUCACAACUAUGCCGGAGGAGAAGAUGAUGACCAACGAAUGGGCGAUGUGGGCGAAUGAGCAUGCUUUCGUCAGUGCAGUUGUAAUGCUGAUGGGUGGAAUAGUUGGAGUGUUUGGAUUUGAUGGAGCAGCAUUUGCCUACUACACUAUAGUUGCCAGUGUACUUGUUAUCAUUAUUGAAUACCCUAGAGGAAUGAGGAGAAAGGGAAGUACAGUUGAAAGAAGAUUUCAGACCAUCUUUCAUCCUGUUUUGCUAACCUUAUCUCCAGUCACAACCAAUUAUUUCAUCAGAUUCAUCCUAUAUCUCCUGAUGAGUGUUCCAUGCAUUUUCCAGUUCCCUACUCUCCUCGGAGGCAUCUGUCUCUUUAUUGCAUCUCUCAUCUACUUCAAGGCUGCUCUUGGUGGUGAGAGCUGGCAAGCAAGCAAGGCCAAAGUCCAGAGAGCUAAAACUCUUACUAACAGACCCCCAGAGAACCCUCCACCUCGCCCACCACCACAGGGAGCCCCCAAUGAAGGCUUCACCGAGGUUCCUCUUGAACAGAUCCCUGCACAGUAAAGGAGAGCAAUGUCAAACUCGGCUACCUGUAUUAAACCUCAAAUUUGCUUUCUGAUUCUUCUCAUAUGUCUCUCACCAAAUGACUUGCACGUUAAAAGCUCUCGUCUUUAAGUAUGAUUUUUUUUUCUCCCUUUGCAUUUAGUAUGUAAUAUUUUAUAUAUAUUCCAUUUUGUAUUGGAUGUACUGGGUGAUAUUUUUGUUCAUUUAUCAUUAUAUAAGAUUUACAAGUCUUAAUUUAUGUCAAAUAUUUCAAUGAAUUAUUGUCGAUUAAUGAAAUUAUGUCAUCAUAAAUUGCCCUGCUCUAAAAAAAUCAUUAAGUUUUACUUUUUAACUUCUUUUAAUUAAUUCUCUUUAUACUAUCUUAAAGAAUUUAUUAACAAUGUUUAUAUUAAUAGGAUCCUAACCCUAAUAGGACUGGGGGCCAUCAUGCUCCCCCUCAACAAUUAGCGCGAUCAUUUCAGAACAGACAAGGAUAGUGGCAAAAUGUUGUGACUUUUUCUUUGAAUCUCGCGCAACAUACGAGUAUAGCAUUUGCAACACCUUACGACAUUUUACGCGACAAUGUCAUGCCAAAAAAUGGCCCAUUUUUAUACUUUGUAACAGGGAUGCCACUUUUCCGUAUUUAUACGGAAUUCCGGCUUUUUUCCUGCUAUCUGUCUUAUUUCCGUAUUUCCGACUUUUCCUGUUUUCUGUGUAUUAAAAAAAACGGAAAGUCCUCCUUUUUUCCCCCCCUAUCUCUCCCGAUUGCGAUGCAUGUCGAUCGACCGAGUGGGAGAUAUUUCCCCGAGAUAGUUGCUUUUAUACAGUACAUAAUUUAUAAACGCGCGCACUGCCUACUACGUUCAUUGAGUUAUGCUUUUAUCAAGGCUUUCUGAUUAGAAUUAUCGAUAUCCUGGCCAAUCAAUGCGAGCGACAAGUUCCGAACACAUGCACAUAGACAAGCGCAAAGUAGCGGCACGAAUCGCGGUAUUAUAGCGACUGGUAAAUACGUCUGUACAGAUGAUGACGUCAUCCAAGAUGGCAACUCACGAUGACCAACGAAGGAAUCGAGGAUGACUAAGUUUUGAUCAUCAUUUGAAAGGAAUUAGCGGUAACUGCGGUCUAAGGUACGAUGUUUCUGAAUUUUAUAUAUUUUCUCGUAAGUUUGGAUGUAAUUAUUUUUUUAUAAUGUUACAUUUUAUGUACCAAAAACGAUCCGAAAAUCGGGUUUUCGCUGAAUGUUAGAUCUAACGUUACUGCUGCAUGCUGAUACGGAACCCAGGGAGCUCCGGCCCGGAAAGCGGGCCGGAGCUCCCUGGGUUAGCUGAUAGGUUGUCUUUAUGUACUGGCCAACAACUCUUCACUGACUUUAGUCUAUGUAUUGGUGAGUAGAGCCAACGCGGUUCAGCUGAACAACCAAAAUACAGAGACUGAAGCUUUUGGUCUAGCGUUCUAUGAGAAACACACAACUAACUACCGUCAGUUUUUCAAACCUAAUUGACUUCAGUCAUCGAUCACAACAAGGUAAGAAGCCACUUGGUCCUCCCCCCUCCCCUAAAUUUGAGGUGGGGGCGGACCCCCCCCCCUCCUAAUUUUUUUUUUUUUUUUUUUUUUUUUUUUUUUUUACCUGUGACAUGUGUCCAUCCCAAAAUUAAAGGUGGACCCCCCCUAAAAAAAAAAAUUCUUGGACACUAUCCCGGCCCGCGAUAAGUUUCAGUAUUUUUGGAGGACACCUAGUGGCAUCCCUGUUGUAAAGUCUAUGGGAGAUGAAAUUCAUAAAAGGGUGAUUAUUCUUCAUUCUUAUUGGUCUUAACUAAUUUAGGGCUAAAUUUGUUUUUUAAAUGGUCAGUAAUACGUUUCAUUGAAAAAAAGAAAGAAAAACAUCAGAUAAAAAAAACCAAAGAAAUACAUAAGGACAAAUUUGGCUUUUGCAAUUUUUCUUUGUGAAAAUCUGUAAAUCUACAAAGAUAACAUCUUGAAAAGGAGAGGAAAUUCUUACAUAAUAUUGGGUGUUGAAUAUGCAAAUAAUGUUUAUCAUGAAUAAAUUUGCAUACAAUAAUUAUUUUUGGAAUUAUACAAAAAUUAUUUUUAGAAUUUUUGUGUACUGUCUUGUAAUGUAUGUUGAAAAGAAUAGCAGCCGAGCUCAGUGGGGAAGGGGUGGGGUAUCAUGCCCCCCAUGUUCUCAAUACAUCUCAAAUAGCCCAGCGCUUUUAGGGUUAAACAUGAAUUUUAGGAAAGUCUUUUCAAACAGAAGAAAAGGUAAGAGGGUCGAUAGGUACGCAGUAAUGGGAAAUAAUGUACUUUUAUUAAAAUGUAUAAUUUUUACCACAAGGAAACAAAGAUUGUGGAAAAAAUUUGUAAAAUGUACAAAGUAGAUUUGAUAUUUUAUAAAAGAAAAUGAUUGAUAAUCGUCUUAUUGUUAAUUCUCCUUAUGUUGGAAUAUGCAUAGUUUUGUGUGUAUCCUCCUUAAUUACUAUAAUAAUAAAAAGACCAUGUACUGAUUAUGCAUCAUCAACAGAACUGAGAUUUUUCAAACAAAGAACCAAAGAGAUACGUGUAAUGUACAUUCAUGAUACGAAGUUUACUAUAAGUGCUUUCAUUUUAAAUAUUUUUUUUAUAUUUUCAAUAUGAAUUUGCUUUACAUUCUGUUUUAUUUGAUGGCCGGUCCAUUUGAGAGACAAAUGCAAUGAUUCAUUUCAUCUUAUGAAAUAUGAAAUGCAUGUACAUUUUAAUUGCUUUCAUUAUUUUAAAAAGUUCAUUUGAUAUAAUUGUGUUGCGAAUAAACUUCACUGUUCUAACAAUUGACAAAAUGGUGUAAUGAUGAUCAAGCAUCUCUAGUGUCAUAUUGAUCAGGUACAAUUUAUUUUUUUAUAUAAAAAAGAUCACAUACAGUAUUAAGAGUAUGUUUAUUAAAAAGAAUAAAGGAAAUCACAUAACAUCAUUGAAUAAAUUGCAUAAUAGUAUAUUAAAGAAGUAAUAAGAUUCAUGCCAUGGAAAUAAACCUAAUGGGUUUUUCAAUAUAAUUCUGGGGAAAGGUGUGUAAAAUAAUGCAACAAAGUAAAAUUGUUCACUAACAAGUAAUGUGUGAAAUUGUCAAAGACUUGGGAGAAACUAGGAAAUUGGAAAUUACAUGCAAUCAUUAUGCUAUGUGACAGCAGACUCAUUUACAAGAAAAUAAACUUUCUAGGUAAAUAGUAAUAAAUAGUUUAUUAAGAAGAAGAAAAAACAAUUUGUUUAUUCACUUUUAAUCUGAAUAACAUGUUUUUAGUUACUUCUGAAUUAUAAUGUUAGGCUGUUAGCACAAUGCGAUGCGAGAGGAAAAAUGUACAUGAGACAAAUUCAAAGUUUUCUCUUUCUAACAUAAGAAGAUAAAAAAAAAUACCGGUAUGUAAAUAUUCCAUCUGUAAAGACUAAUACAGCAUAAUUAAGAUUGAUGCAGGGAAAAAAAGUAUGUUAGAUUAAUUUUGUGUAAAUGGUCUUAAAUUUCAAUAUGAUUCAAAUCUUUUUGAAAAUGUUAUGGUUAUAUAUUUUUCAUUGUCUUUAGAAGAAAAUAAUCAAGUUAUAGUGUUCACACUGGACAUGGUUUAUUCAAUUACGUAAGCCUACACUUAACUAUUUUUACAGAAUGAAAAUGAAAUACUUCAUUUACAUAUGUUUUUAAAUAAUUGCACUCCCGUAAUCUUGUACAAGUGGCAUUAUUCAGUCAGAUGAUAUUAAUUUACCAACUACUAGAGCCAGUUUUUUUUUAAGAUUGAUUGCCUAUGAUAUAGAAAUAAAAAUUUUUACACCUGAA